UAUGUGCCAUUUUUAGCCGACGAUAUAAGGCAACAAUUCCAAUUGCUAAAUAAACAAUUGAUUGCUCGAGUCUUAAUCACCUGCAUCUUUUCCGGGGAAGUCGUGCGUGGCAAACCAAAAUUUUUCUGGCAACUACACAAGAACCGUUUUGCUUCCUCUUCCUCAUCCAUUGCACCAUCCCCAUGAGUUACAGAGGAAGAGGCCGCGGCGGCUACGGCAAUCAAGGAAACCGUACGAACGAGACCGAGAUGAAUCAUCAGCAAAAAGUCAACAACUUUGCGGAUCAGAGCCGCGUGGCGGUGGAGAUCCGCAACUGGAACAACGGCACGCUAAACGGGUUAGUUAACUUUAUAUCACGCACGUGCAAGGUUGCACUUCUCGACGCCACGGUAAACCAUGCGACCGGCGCGGUUGAUGCGUACGUCAAGUUCCAGAAGGAUGCCGAUACAUUGAAGCAGUACAACGGGCUUCAGUUCUCCGGGCAGGGCUUGGUGAUCUCUGUGAACACGAAUACCUCAACUACCAACACCAUCGGUGUGUUGAAGGAAUUCAUUGCGCGCAAGUACAAUCCUGCGAUGAAGCUCUUGGACCUUUCACUGAUACAACAGGACGCGGAGCUCGUGCGGUUCGGGCUCAUUCUGCUGAAUCUCUCCAAGAUGUUUUCGGCCAUCAUGAAGCUCGCGUCGCAGCUGAAUCUCGACGUGGAGACGGUUAAUUUGGCGAACAAUAACUUAACGGACUUGGCGACCAUUGCUUCCUUACCGGCUACGUUCCCCGGCUUGGUGAACCUCUCGUUGGCCGACAACAAGCUUUCCAAGCCACGGGUGUUUGAGACGUGGAAAAAGAAACUUAACUCGCUCCGUGAGUUGGUGUUGACAAAUAACGCUGUUGUAAACGAUGUUACAGCAAUCCCUGACAUUCUCAAGUGCUUUCCGCGCCUCGUGGUGUUGAACGGGGUCACUGUACGUGACGAGGCGAAGCUAACGCAGACCUUUACCUUUCCCAUCACCACCAGUCCCAUGUUCUUUGAGAACCCCAGCAUUCAGGAGUUGGCCUCCGGGUUUAUCGCCAAUUAUAUCAAAUUGUGGGACGAUCCGACGUCGCGCGAUCAACUCCUCAGUUUGUACACUCCCGAGUCGCAGUUCUCGCUUCAGGUGGACUCCAGUCACCCCCACAUGGCUAACGACACGGCAUACAACUAUAAUGAGUCGCCAUGGUCACACUAUCUUGUCAACUCGCGCAACUUGACGAAGCUCUCGAAUGGCAGAACCCGAUUGGCCAAGUUGUGCAAGGGCCAGGAGCAGAUCCAGAAGCAAUUUGCUACUAUCCCUGCCACCAAGCACCUGAUUCUCGAGAGUCCAGCGGAUUACGCCAUGGAGAGCUGGCAGUUCCCACAGCUCGGCGGCUUAUUCGUUGUACUCCACGGUAGCUUCGAGGAAACCGCCCAUCCGAAGGCCUACAAACCUCCGCAAGGCGGGGGCAGAAGAUACAACAACAACGCCCUGAAGGCUGUACUCAGCAAAAAGUCGUUUGACCGCACGUUUGUGGUAGUGCCCGGCCCCAACGGCUCCAUGAUCAUCGCGUCCGAUAUGUUGUUGCUUCGGCCGUUUGGGGGCUCGAAGGCGUGGAAUAAGACUGCAGCCCCUGUCGCAAGCAUUCCGGUGGCCCCUGUCGAAGGUGCCGUUCCAGGCACGAAUGUGGUUAUUCCCGCGGAAAUUCUCAGUAGCUUACAGCCGGCGCAGCGCGACUUGUUGAUGAAGGUGAUUGCUGAGACGCGAUUGAACUUGGAGUACAGCGGGAUGUUGUGCCAGGGCAGCAACUGGGAUUAUCAGACGUGUAUUGUUAACUUCAACAGCUCCAAGGCCACAUUACCUAGAGAGGCAUACCAGGCGUGAGCUUGUAUUUAGUAAUAUUUAUAAAUUAUAAAGGUAAA